AUGAAGAGCGUCGCGCUCACCGCGCUCCAGACGACACAGGUCUUCGGCGAGAAGAUCGUGGCAGAAUAUGACGGAGCGAUGAAGCAUCCGCUACGACAAGCAUCCGCAUCUAGCACGACCGCCACCAGCAGCGACGAGAAUCAUGUUCUUGAAGCACGACAGAGUCGGAAGCCCAAGCCAGCCAGCCGACUAUACACGUUUCUUACGCGCUCGCGUUCCCGGUCCACACCGCGCGAGCUCUCGACGAAAUCGACCCUUGACCACGCCCCGGAUCCCCCUCGCUCUUAUCACUCAAUUGACCUCAACUCCCCGCAGUCGAAGGCGCCGUCACGAGCAUCCUCACGACCCCUCUCAACUACCACGACCGCCACAAACACCACGAUCACCCCCCAGGCGUUUUCGCUUACCCCGCGCGCCGAAAAGCGCAGGCAGCAAGCAGCGGCAGUGGCAUCGGCCAUGAACUCCCCUCCGACGUCGCGUCCCCCAUCUCCCAGUCACACGUCCAGUGGCACGCGUAGGCGCCUGCACAAUCUCUUUGGCCUGACUCUCGGCGCGUCGCGCAAGUCGAGUGGCGGCAGCAACAGCUCUCGGGGGGACACCAGCCGCUCAAGGCCCAGUACACCCGUCACUGCCCACUCAAUACCCGAACAUCCCCCGCAGCAGCAACAGCAGCCGACGCCCGGCUCGUCACGGUCCAGGAAAGACGGGUCUUCUCGCGGGAGGGGCUUGUUAUCAGUCCAGCGUCCAACCUCUCCCCUCAUGCCGCAGUCCGACUCUUCUGUCCACAACUCGAGCACAUCGUCAGUCCAACGGCGCUUCCGCCCAACGCGUCUGGGUCCCUUCCUAGGCUCGAGCGAGCAAGGUCCCUCCUCGUCCACCACCGGAUCUUUCGACCAGCCGGGAUCACCGACAUCGAUAUCGCCCCCUCAGCCGCCUCGCGCCGCACACGCGUCUAACACGCCUCGAAUAUCCCACACCCCUGCGUCACCCUCACGGCACUCACGGCAGAAGGAAUCGAUGGACUCGUGCUUCAGCGACUCGGAGGUUGUCCGUCCGCAGAAGGGCAAGGAGCGCGCGAGCCUCGAUAACCGCUCCGGGGGCCGGUAUGCAAAGAAGACCCCCGGGCAGCCCAUAUUGACGCGCGAGGUGAAGCACGGCAGCUUUGACUUCGAGCGGCCAGGGUGGGGGCGCAUCAAUACGCGCGGCGUCGCCCCUGCCCUUGCCAUGGACCGCAGCGGGAGCGGGCGCUCGGGUCGGAGUCGAGACAGCGAUAUGACUCCGACGUCUACGAGGGGUGCCCUGCGCGAACUACGACCCAACCUGACGGGCGGCUCGAAUAGCUCAUACGAGCCCGGUGGCAGCUUAGGUCGUCGCGGUGGCACGCACGUUCGUUUCCGCGCAGGUCAUGGCCCCUUCCGCUUCGAGCCAGCCGUACCCGCCAGCCCAACCAGCCCCACCAGCCAGUCAUCCGUAGAGCCCACGCGGAGUAGGCGAAGGCGCAUGCGGGACGAGGACGAUGAGGAAGACGACGAGUUCGAGGCGUACGACUUCGAGAGGGAGCAGAUACGCCAAGCGAGGCAUGGGAUGGGUGGUCCAUCUCCGCUGUCCAGCGCGGUGUCCGUGUCUGCGCCCUCUACCAAGUCUAUCGGGUACCGGUCGGGUACGAAGGGGCGGUCGUUGGAUUUGAACCUUGGACUGGCCUGGGCUCCGACGAAGAUGCGGGCGGAUGCGGUGCUACCAGGUCUUUCCCGUUCGUUGAGCCAGGGUCGUUCCAAUGGCACUGGUCCUCGACGGCGCGAUACAGACUUAGCGGAGGUUGGGAAGGAUUUGUCGGAUCUCUACCGUCAGGCGUUGGAUGACGACAGCUACGCGCUGUUCAAGAAGUACGUACACCGCUUCGACGCGAAGGACAUCCCCUUCGACGGCCCUACCGGGAUCGUCUCCCGCGUCGAACGCCUUCUGAACCGCCAGCCCCAUCUCACAGACGAGAGUCGCAAGCAGAUGCUCAACACCCUCGUCAAGAUCAUCCUACGCAACGCCUGA